GCCAACCAUGCCCGCCAUCACAUACAGCCCUGCUGUGGGUGUCACAGCUGACUAUGCCAUCGCAGAAGCACUCCCACCACCAGGUGACGUCCAUCCAAGCAACUACUUCUCCAAUCCCAGUUACCACACGCUGACCCAGUGCACAAGCCCUCCACAUGUCAGCAACCUAUCUUAUGGAAAAGCUAAGAAUAACCAGUUGUUUGUAAACUUGAAGAAUGUGGAGCAGAGGAAGAGACCUCCCAUAGCGGAUCACACUGGCACCCUUCCUGCAGACUGGAAACACGGAGGCUGCUUCAAUGAGCUAGGAGCAUAUGGCCUUGACCGACGAUAAAUGGGGAAAUCCCUAAGAGGUAGGUUUUGUUUCUGUACAACUGUUAAAACACUCAC